AUGAUAAAGAAAUACAUCAGCAGUAAAAGUGGUAAUUACGUCAUAGAUCCAGAUGGUGAAGGAGGUCUGGCACCUUUUACAGCUUUCUGUGACAUGACUGACAAGAGUGGAGUUGGCGUGACAGUGAUCAGUCACGACAGUGAAAGCAGAACAUAUGUGCAUCAGGUCAGUGGUUAUGGCGCUCAAGGUAGUUACUCGCGUGACAUUCAUUACACAGGAGCGAGUCUCUCUCAGCUGGCAAGUCUCACCAGAGUCUCUUUACAAUGUGAACAGUUUAUCAAAUAUGAGUGUUAUCAUUCGGUGUUGCUCUACAACGGCAAUCUAUAUGGAUGGUGGGUGUCACGUGACUCUCAAAAGAUGAGGUACUGGGGCGGAGCAUCUGCCAAUGAUAAAUGCGCAUGCGGAAUGACCAACUCAUGUUCAAACCCCAGCAAUGGUUGUAACUGUGAUAAAAACGACUAUGUGUGGCGUGAAGACAGCGGUCUCCUCACUGAUAAGACCAAGCUUCCAGUUAAACAACUUAGGUUUGGAGAUAUUGGUGAUAGUUCCUCGGAGUAUGGCUACCACACUCUGGGAAAGUUUAAGUGCUAUGGCAUAGUUUAG